AUGGAUGUGACUGCCCAUUUUGCUUCUUCUUAUUCUAAGACCAAUUCCAUGUCCAAUGGCACAUUUUCACCAGCUAAAUCAGCUCUUUUGGCCCAUAAAAAUGUGAACUUUGUGGGAUACAAUUGCCUGCCCAGAAAAUUGAAGUGUUUUGGGGGUCAGUUGAGGAAUUUUGGUGCUGCCAUUGAUAUUGUUUCUGAUUAUGAAAGCUCUUCAGCUGAUGAUGGGUCUAUCAGAUGGCUUCUUCAACCCAUAGGUGAUGGUGACUCGAGGCACAUAGGUUAUAAGGUCGAGAUGCCCGGGCCAAUUGAAAUUCUUUCCAAUGUGGUCAUUGUCGGGCGUGAUCGUGAGAAAGCCGAUAUAGUUAUUCCAGUGCCGACAGUCUCUGCUCUGCACGCUCGGAUUGAAAGGACAGAUGAGAAUCUGUUGAUUACCGAUUUCAACAGCACAAACGGUACAUUCAUCAACGAGAGAAGGCUCCAACAGGGUCUUGUUGUCUCGGCAUUACCUGGAAGCCUCGUCACAUUUGGGGACGCUAAUCUAGCGAUAUUCAAAGUAUAUAAGGUCGAGCAAGACAAUCAGUGUGCUACUGAACCCGAGACAUUUGAAACUUAA